AUGCACACCUUCGAGGACGGAAGAGAAGAGGUCGAGGUUCGAAUCCCGCUGCCUGCAGAAAUCAAGGCUUCAGAUGUUGCGAAGCGCUUGUCGAUUGACAUACAGCCGAGCUCCGUCAAGGUGGCUUGGAAGGAAGGCGCUGCAGCGCCCCUUUUGAACGCUCCAGAUCUGUACGAGAAGAUCCGACCGUCCGAUUCAGCCUGGUACAUCGACGGCUCAACGCUCGUCCUGACCCUGACGAAGCAACACCCGCAGAAAUGGCCCGCCCUAACCGACACAGAAGCUUUGGAAAAGAGGUUCGGACCCAUCCGAACCUCCCCGGACAAGGCCGCAGGUUCGACAGCAGCAUCAGCUUCGGCAGCAGCCGCGAGGAAUGGAACUGCCAAAGCAGGCGGGGUGCAGGCAGGGGCGGGGGGAGGGGAGAAAGGGGGGACGGAGAAGGCGGGGGGAAAGGGUGGGGAUGGGGCAGGUGAAAAGAAGGACGGGGCAGCCGCAUGGGCUGCCCGGGAAAAAGUGAACCGGCUGCUGAAAGCUGCCCAAGACGUGGAGGAAGCUAAGGAGGUGCUGGAGGAGGUGAGGGACGCCAACGGCCGCACGGCCCUGCACUUUGCAGCGAGCAAGGGGCACGUGGACGCAUGCAGGUACAUGAUCGAAGAGAUAGGCGUUCCAGUGGACGUGAAGGACGAUGAGGGGGAGACGCCGCUAAUGCUGGCAGCGAGGGAUGACCACUCAGAGGCUGCCACGUGGCUUGUUGAGCACGGGGCGGCAGUUGCGACGUCAGCCGAGAAGUCGGGCGCGCAGGCGAUUCAUCACGCAGCAGGGCAUGGUUCGGUCAAGAUCCUCGAGCUCCUAUUGGACCACGGCGCCGACCCUAACGCUCAGAGCGAUGCUGGGCCUCCGCUGCUGUGGGCGUGCGGGCACGGGAAGGUGGCUGCAGCAGAAGUGCUUCUAACGAGGGGAGCCAAUCCAGACACGCCCAGCGAGGAUGGCGUGAACUCGCUGCUCACUGCCACUGCUGCUGGGGAGACUGAAAUCAUCAAGUUGUUGUUAAAGCAUGGCGCCCAGCCCAACCCAGGCGGGCCCCCUCUCCCCACCAACGCUGCUGCCACCGCCGCCGCUGCCGCCGCUGCUGCUACUGCCAGUGCCAAUGGAAACAGUGCUGCUGCUCCAUCCUCCCCUCUCCCCUGUGUGACCUCCACCACGCCUCUCAUCAUUGCGGCUGACGCGGGCAACACACCCGCCGUCUCGGCCCUCCUUGCCGCUGGUGCCGAUGCAGACAGGCGGGACGAGGAUGGCAUGACCGCACUUGACGCUGCUGCUGCUGCUGGGAAUAAGGACGUUGUGGAGCUGCUGCUGCCGGUGACUCAGCGGCCCGCUGACGUGGCGGAGGGGGAUUGGACAGUGGAGGGGGUGAUGAAACGGGCGGCGCGAGCACCCGCAGCAGCAGGAGGAGGGGGGAAAGGAGAGUUGGUAGCAGGAGGAGGGGGAGGGGGAGCAGCAGGAGGGGUAGGGACUGCUCCCGCUGGUUCUGCUCUGCCUGCGGAUGUGGCCGCAGCAGUGGCAGAGGCGAAGGCGAGGGGAGAUGCUGCGUUCAGGUCACAGCAGUUCCAAGAGGCUGUUGAUGCUUACACGCAGGCAUUGGAUAUGUACCCAGAGGCGGCGGAGCUUUCAUCCAUUCCAGCAGACGACAGGGUGAUGAAGGGGACUCUGCUCGCCAACCGCAGUGUCAGCUGGCUGCGCCUGGGACAGGCGCCCCUGGCCCUGGCAGACGGGCAGAUGAGUCGAUCCCUGCGGCCUGACUGGGCCAAGGCAUAUUUCCGAGAAGGAAGUGCCUUCAGAGCCUUGGAGCGUUACGAGGAUGCAGCGAAUGUGUUCUUUGAGGGAGUUCAAGUCGAUCCCAAUAACAUGGAUCUCACAGCAGCAUUCCAGGAAGCGAUCGAAGCCGGGCGCAAAGCACAUAAAGAGAAGCAGGGGUCCAAGUCCUAG